UCAACAUAAACUUACCGAGGUGAUCCCUGGGCAGCGUGUUGCCGUGGACGAUAUAAGCAAACGUGUUUCCUGACACUGUGCGGGAAAGGGGAGUCUGGAGGAGUUUGUCUGCACCUUUAUGAGAAUACAACUAAAUAUACUUAAAGGUUCAGAGAGAAACCAUGGCGAGUCCUGCAAAGGAUAACUAUCGAAUGAAGAGUUACAAGAACAAAGCCCUAAAUCCAGAGGAAAUGCGUCGGAGGAGAGAGGAGGAAGGAAUUCAACUGCGCAAACAGAAACGAGAGCAACAGGUAACUGUCAUCUUGACUAGCUUGUGUACAGCCUUAACACAACCAGGAUUGUGCUGCUGCCAAACUGGAAUCUUCAAGGAUCUGUGCAUUAAGCUCUUUAAAAGAAGAAACGUGGAGUUGAUCAAUGAAGAUGCCUCCAUGUUUGACAGUCUCCUUGUGGAUUCCUAUGUUAGUUCCACAACAUGUGGGGAGGGAGUGAUCACAAGAGAGAUGGUAGAGAUGCUUUUCUCAGAUGACCCUGAUCUCCAGCUAGCAACCACUCAGAAAUUCAGGAAGUUACUCUCCAAAGAGCCAAAUCCUCCAAUAGAUGAAGUGAUAAACACUCAGGGAGUGGUGGACAGAUUUGUUGAAUUCCUGAAAAGAAGUGAAAAUUGCACGCUACAGUUUGAAGCAGCGUGGGCACUGACGAAUAUUGCAUCAGGAACUUCCCAACAAACAAAAAUAGUAAUUGAGGCUGGGGCAGUUCCUAUAUUUAUAGAGCUGUUAAACUCUGACUUUGAGGAUGUUCAAGAACAGGCUGUCUGGGCAUUGGGGAACAUUGCUGGAGACAGCUCUGUGUGUAGAGAUUAUGUCCUUAACUGCGCUAUUCUUCCUCCCUUAUUAAUGCUCCUUACGAAGUCCACCAGGUUGACAAUGACACGAAAUGCUGUCUGGGCCUUGUCAAACUUGUGCAGAGGAAAGAGUCCACCACCUGAAUUUGAUAAGGUAUCUCCCUGCCUGCCAGUGUUGUCCCGAUUAUUAUUCAACAGUGACUCUGACUUGCUGGCAGAUGCGUGCUGGGCUCUUUCCUACUUAUCAGAUGGCCCCAAUGAGAAAAUCCAAGCAGUUAUUGACUCGGGAGUGUGUCGGCGGCUGGUGGAGCUGUUAAUGCACAACGACUACAAAGUGGCCUCCCCAGCUCUGCGAGCGGUUGGCAACAUCGUGACGGGGGACGACAUCCAAACCCAGGUGAUUCUGAACUGUUCAGCCCUGCCUUGUCUCCUUCAUUUAUUAAGUAGUCCCAAGGAGUCAAUCAGGAAAGAAGCCUGCUGGACUAUAUCUAACAUCACAGCAGGAAACAGAGCACAAAUACAGGCGGUCAUAGAUGCAAACAUUUUCCCGGUACUGAUAGAAAUCUUGCAGAAAGCAGAAUUCCGCACGAGGAAAGAGGCAGCGUGGGCUAUUACAAAUGCAACGUCAGGAGGAACUCCCGAACAGAUCAGAUACUUGGUGAACUUGGGUUGUAUCAAGCCUCUCUGUGACCUGCUGACUGUCAUGGACUCCAAGAUUGUUCAGGUGGCACUGAACGGCCUGGAGAACAUCCUGAGGCUUGGGGAGCAGGAAGCCAACCAGAGCGGGACGGGCAUCAACCCCUACUGCAGCCUGAUUGAGGAGGCCUAUGGUUUGGAUAAGAUAGAGUUCCUACAGAGCCACGAGAACCAAGAGAUCUACCAGAAGGCCUUUGACCUGAUUGAGCACUACUUUGGAGUAGAGGAUGACUCCGCUCUAGCUCCCCAGGUAGAUGAGAACCAGCAACAAUUCAUCUUCCAGCAACCUGAAGCCCCCAUGGAAGGUUUCCAGCUAUAAUGUGCCCAGUGGGAAAAGACCACCACAAACUUGCCAGAAAGCAACUGGGAGCAGCUGAUCGUCCCAUCCCCUCUUCGCAAAUGGAAGGUUAAACACCCACUCCACCUGCUAGGAAACUCUUCUUCCUUCCAACAACUAGAAACAGUGCUUUGUCCUCACGAAGAGAAGGGGAUAUUCUUACACUUUUUUUCUUUUUGCUGCUGCAUACAUGUCUUUAAAGCAGGCAUCUGGGUGGAGGAAGGACACUGAGGUAACAGAUUGCACCUCUUGGUUUUUGGUUUUGUUUUGUUUUGUUUUUUUUUUUCUUUGUGGUGAUCUCUCCCAAAUGUCACUUCUUACCUCGGGUACUUAAUUGAGAUUUCAGCAUUGGGUUGGGUAAGAACACAAAUAGAAAGUAAGCAUUCUGACAACAGUAAUUCUGGAAACCUGGGUUGAUCUAUUUAAUUUUUUUGCACAUGUUACUCUUUAUUAAAGACUCUAAUUUGCCAAGAGCAAAGUUUAGCCCUGGCCUUUCUGCGACCCUCCUUCAGCGGACAGUCCUGUUGAACCUGGGCCAAGUUCCCCUGAAAUAUACUGUAAAUGGACAGAGAAAUGAGAAGUUUCUCCCACUCCUGGGAAGAUUAUUUUUUUUGGGGGGUGGGGUGGGGGGUGUAAGGCUUCUUCCCUUUGUCUAGAUUUAUCUUGGU